AAAAAAAUAGUGAAAAUUGAAAAUUUAAAAGAUUAAAUGAGUAGUAAUUAUUACAAAUAUUAUCAUUUGAGAGCCUCUCCUAUUAGCAAAUACGAGUAGCCAGGUUAAAGUUCUUAGUAGUCUUUGCCCAACUAGUCUCCACUAUAGUACUCAGGAAGUAAAGUUUAGCAAGAGACAUCUCCUUGGAGAAAUCUGCCUUCUCAACCGUAAGCUGUUCAAUCAUAAAUAUCUACUUCCACUUAUACAAUUGGUGAUAAAACACUUUAGCAUUUAUCAUUAGAAAAGUAAAAUGAAUGUUUACGUAAAGAAAAAAGUGAAUUAGAAAAUUAAAUUUAGAAACUUAAGUUAUACUAUACGAAGCAGACAACAUUAGACUAGCAAGAGCUGAUGAGAUACGAAAGAGAAAAGGCUCAACUAGCUGAUAAACUUAGAGAAAUGGAUGAAAUGUUAACUAAUUUACAGGAAAAAUAUGAAAAAGAACUUAAUACAGAAAAAAAUAACAAUAGAAAACAAAGGUAAGAGUGGGAAGCAAAGAUGGAAAGAAUCACUUCUUAUUACAACGAACAACUUAGCUUAAAGCAAGAAGAAAUUCAUAAAACAAAGAAUAAAUUGCAACUCUCAGAAAUUAAUGUGACUGAUCUAACUGCUAAAUUAAAAAUAUUUGAAUAAACUAAUAAAGAAUUAAGAUAAAAGUGGGAUGAUGACAUUAAAAACUUUGGGGUAGAAUUAGAGUCUCUAAACAAGUAGUUGUUAAGCUAACGCUAUAGAAAUGACGAAUUAGAAAGAUUGGCUAAGUUAAACAAAGUUCAAAGCGCUUCUGAUCACAACUAGUCUGAUGAAUAAAACAAUUUGUAUCUCAGAGAAAUAGAAACUUUAAAAAACUAAAGCUUAGAAUUAAGGAAUCGCAAUUUUGAACUUGAGAAAAAGCUUAAAACAUAUGAAAGUAAGUCGUUAUCUGAGAGUGAAAUUCAGAAUAGCAUUUUCAAAGAUAAGCUAGAAUAAAAAAUAUAAGAACAUGAAAAAAUCAAAGGCGAAUUAAAUAAAAAGAUAAGUGAAUCAGAAAUUUUGCUCAAAGACAAUCAAAUUCUCCAAAUACAACUAAAAAAAUCUGAGAAAGAUAAUACAGAUAAAGAUGUACUAGUUUAACAAAUGAUUUCACAUAUUGAAUAGCUUGAAAAAGAAAAUAAAGAAUUUUAAUCAGGUGAGAAUUUUAAUGGAAUAGAGGAGAAGCUCAACCAACUACAUCUAGAAAAUUAAAUAUAAAAGCAAGAACUUGACUUUUUAGCUAACGAGCUUGAAAGAAUCACUAACAGAAAUAGACUUUUGGAAGAAUAGCUUUAUUAACCAGAAAACUCCUUAAAUACAACAAAAUAAUAUUAAAUUUUAGAAAAGUAGCUUGAUAAAAUAGAAAUGAAGUGCAACUAAAUCAAAUUAGACUUAAACAAGAAAGAAGAAUCAUUUAUUUAAUCAAAUAGAGGAGACAAUAGUAUGUCAGUUGAUCAUCAACAGCAAUAAAAACAAAUUGAAAGUUUUGGAGAAAUUCAAAAGGAAUUUAAUAGUCUUUCUCAUGAUGUUGAAAAAUUAAAGGAAGAUUUAAAUUAAUAAAAGAACUUCAUUAAUGAAGAAGAUAAAGGAAAUGGACAAGUUCAUAUUGAAGCUCAUAAGUAAAGUUUAGAUGAUAAUAGAUAAAGAUUAGCUACAGCAGAUUUCUCUCCAGUCCAUACCAAAAAGAAUGAAGCAGCAACUUUUAAUCCCAAAAGUAAAUAAGAAGUAGAAUAAAAACCUGCAGCAGAAUAGCCAAAGCAUGAGAAUUAAGAUACAAAUCACAUUAAUCUAAAUGCAGAUCUAAAAAGUGAAUUUAAAAAAGUAACUAUACCCAAUCGUUAAAUUAUUACAAAUUAAUUUGAAUAAAAUCAUCCUUCAAAAUAGGAUUCAAUUACCCAAUAAUUGAUUUCCAUAAAUUAAAAAAAAUAGGAUGAUACAAACUAAGAAGAGCUACUUGCACAAGUGUAAGCAAAAAAUACUCCAACCAAUUAAGACUAGGAAAUAGCAGGUGAUAAUGCUUCUUAGUAAACGUUUGGAGGACGCCAUAAAAACUCUAUUGAUCAAAUUGAAAAGCUUAAAUAAAUAGAAGAACUCAUUGGAGUACAUUCCGAUAAUGUUAAAGAAGAAUAAAAACCUUAGGAAUAAAACUAAAAUAGACCUGAUGCAUCCCCUCAAACAAAUAACUCACCAAAUAACUUGAAGCCACUCCACUAGCAGCUAAAAGAGUUAAGUGACUAAUAUCAAUAAAAAGAUUUUAAGCCAAUACAUCCUAUGAAUCUCACUCCUAAAGUUUAACAAUUGAAUAAUUUAGAUUAAGUUAAGAAACAAGAUAACAUUGGAUUUAUAGAUUCUUUUAGGGAUCAUGAAGUUUCAUAGCAAUAGUAAUAGUAAUAGUAAAAGUAAUUACAACAAUAAAAGCAACAUUAAUAAGCUCAAGAAGAUUAAAACCUGAACAAGAUUAUCAGAAUUAAUGACAUCUAGCAAACAGAGUCUUAUAUUGAAAAUACAACUCCUUUGAACAACCGUCGUUUGUAACAAUAGCAAAUGGUUACUCCUCCUUUACAAUCUAAGAAAGAUUAGAUUUUAACUCCUCCACCAAGACAAUAAGAAACAACACCUAUUUACUCAAACUAUAAUAUCUUACCUUUAAAAACACCAAGAAUAGAUCAAUUAUUUAUUGAGCUUGACAUUUAAUAAAUUUUAAACUAUUCAAAUAUAGCAUCUAAUUCUAGCGACAACACUAGAUAUUAAUUUGACAAGAACUUAGAGGGUAGUGAAGUAUUUGACGUUAUAAUAGGUUUUGUGGGAAGCUCAAAAAGUGGUAAGAGUGCUGUUAUUAACUCAAUAAAGAAAGAAGAUUGGGAUAUUACUACUAAAUCUGAGUCAUGUAACAAACAAAUGUAACUUUAUAGAUACUCUUGCAUGAAUAAAAAGGUUGGGUUAUGUGAAUCAGAUUUGAUUGCAGAUCAAUCUUUUAUGCAUUUCAUCUGCAAUUUUGCUCAGGCACUAGUCCUUUUAUUCAAUUCUUGGGAAUCAGCUGAUGAGCGUACUUUUGUUGACUAUGUUAAAUUACUGCAAAGUGAACCCAACUUUGCCUCUGAAUGUAUUGUCAUACAUAGUAAUAGUGAAUUACUCUCAACAAACAGCAUUGAAAAAAUAACAAAAGAUCUAACAAAGUUAUAAGAUGGCUUAUACAGAGGAAAGGUAGAAGGAAAAUACAAAAAAAUUAAUGUGUAUCAUAUUAUGCUUCAUAACUAUAAUGACAAAACUAAGAAGAAAUCAAUAUUUGAAGAAACAAUUGCAGUAUGUCGUGGUACAAUUAUAGGUAAGCUCACCACAAGCAAAGAAAAGGUUGAUGUAUUCAAAAGAUUAAAUAGAUUCCUCAUUAGUUGA